GAAAGUGUGUUGGAUGGAUCGGAGAAGCGACCACGAGCUGUUUCUGGGGAGGCGUCUACUGGAGCAACCAGCCAAGUGGGAUCCGGGGCUGGGGGAGCGUCGUUGAGUGGGGGGAAUGAAGGAGGAACCGCUGCAACUCGAACCGGAAGGUCGCAACCAAGUCGCGAGGAGUUGCUCAAAGCUCAAGAAGCAUGGGAUCGGAAGGAUCGCCAGGCAUUUCAGUACCUGUGUUGGGCUUUGGAGGGGCAACUUGAGCUUCUUAAGAUGCUGAUUGACCUGAAGGGGAAGGAAGGUGCAGCAGCUGCAGCUUGGAAAAGAGUGCAAGAUAGGCACUUGCAGAAAGGGCUUCUAAGCGUGCUUACUUGGCGGAAGCUGUUUUACACCAUGGAGCGGAACUAUGGGGAGGGGGAGACCAUGGUUCAGUAUCUCCAGAGGGUGGAUGAGAAUGUGAGGGCUUUGGAGGAGCUAGAUUACACGGUAGAUGAGAAGGAGAUCAUCUAUACUGCACUCCAAGGGUUGGAUCAAGCGGCUAAUGAGGCAUUACUACAGUACCUUCACCUCGAGCAACAGAAAUGGACCAAGGUGUGGAUUUGGGAGGUUCUAUUUUCUGAUGAGGCUCGCAAGGUUGAUGCUGGAAGAGGCCUAGAAGGAGGCAUGGGGGCAGCAGAUAAAGCUUCCUUCAGGAAAGGCUAUCAACAGCAAGGAGGUGGGGGGAAGAAGAAAGAGUUGGACAAAUGCCUUAUGCCCGGAUGCAACAAAAAACACUCUUGGAAGAGUUGCUGGAGUAGGCCUGAGGGAUGGAAGCCUCACGGCUACUCUGGAGAGGCCCCACCAGUGACCAAACCUGAUUGGGUGGAGAAAAGGAUGAAGAAGGGGCUCUGGAAUAAGAAGGGCAGCAAGGGAGCAACGGCCGCAGCUGCUAAGGAUGAGAAGGGGAAGGGCCAAGACGACUCCUCUGAUGAUGGUUUCUCGUUUCUCAUGCUAGGGCAGGAUGCAUCUCUCGCUGGUCGCGCAUUGGCUGAUCCCAACUUCCUGGUUCUAGACUCUGGAGCAACAUCUGGGAUGCUUCCUCGCCGUGAUCUUUUCACCUCCUACCAUCCUCUCCCACCAAACUCUAGGAGAGUGAUUGUUGGGAGCGGAGAUUCGCUGCAGGCAAUUGGCAUCGGCACGAUCACCAUUAAGGGGAAGGAGGGGGAGCUAGUGGGUGUGAAGGGGGUCCUUCACGUCCCUGGUUUGGCUGCAAACCUCCUUUCAUGCUCGCAGCUGGCUAAACAGGGAUACAUCUGCACUUUCACUGAGGGAGGGUGCACUGUUAGAAAGGGUGAAGCUGUGGUGAUGGAGGCAAAGCUGGACAAGGGUUUAUACCUUGUUCCAGCUUGUGUGCCUAAUUGUUACAAGGCACAUAUGGUUUUUUCUGAGGAAGCCGCUUGUAGCACUCGCUGGAGGCAGGUGGAAACGGUGUCACCUGAGUUGCUACACCUUCGCAUGGGGCACGCGGGGAAGCAGCAACUACUGGAGUGUGUGAAGAAGGGGGAGCUGAAGGGGGUGGAGGUCAAGGAAGGAGCUGGGCAGCAGAGAAAAUGUCCUGACUGCACAUCUGGAAAGCUGCCUAGAACCUCAUUCCCUAUCUCCUCUGAUCAUGCCUCGACUCCCCUUGAGCUUGUACACACGGAUGUGUGUGGACCGAUGCAAACUCCUGACCGGGAAAGGGGCAGCAGGUACUUUGUCACCUUUUUUGAUGACUUCAGUCGACUUAGCUGGGUCACCUUGGUGAAGACCAAGGAUGAGGUGGCAAAGGUGUUUAAGCGGUGGAUACGCUAUGUGGAGAGGGAAUCAGGGGCCAAGGUAAAGGUGUUAAGGUCAGAUCGGGGUGGAGAGUACCUUGGGAAAGAACUUCAAAUCUUCUUGGAAGAAAAGGGUAUUUCCCACCAGCUCUCUGUACCUUACACGCCGCAGCAAAAUGGGGCAGCGGAGCGGCUUAACAGGACUUUGACCGAUUUGGCUCGGGCCAUUCUUGCCCAUGCCGAGCUUGAUAACACUUGGUGGGGGGCAGCAGUGCAGUAUGCCAACUGGGUGAAGAACAGGAUGGGCAGCAAGGGGCUUGGAGGCAAGAGCCCAUACUCCUUAUGGACAGGGAAGGUGCCGAAUGUUUCCAUGGCACGAGUGUGGGGGUGCAUGGCACAGUAUAAGGUACCUGACCAGCAAAGGAGGAAGCUAGAUCCUAAGGCACAGUGGGGGAUCUUCCUUGGGGUUUCUGAGAGGAGCAAGGCUUGGGUGCUAUGGAGUGUAGCUGACCAGCGUGUGAUGGAGAGCCGUGAUGUGAUUUUCCAUGAGGGGCUGAAUUAUAAGGGGUGGAAGGAGCGUGGUGCAAGCCAUAGUGGGACUUCCAAUCAAGACCCUCAUACGGCCUCUAUCUUUGAGGGGGCAUGGGAGGACCCUGGAGAUGAAGGGGAGGAGCAGCAGGAGGAGUCAGAACCAGCUGAUUCUAACCAUGAGGAGUCCCGAGAGACAGAUUCUACCCCUCAGCCAGCCACGCAGGCCGAUGCGCAUGAUGAUCAGCCAAAGCAGCAUGUGCCUUCAACUCCAUCGAGAAGCAGUUGGCAGCAAUUGUUGAACCAGCAGCUGUCCAAGACUCCAAGGACUCCAAUGAAGAGGGUGACUUGGGAGGAGAAGCUGCAGAGGCUGGAAGAAGGAGAGGCAACACCUCUGCGACGCAGUGCUCGAAUUUCCCAGCCACCUGAAAGGUUUACCCCGGGGCACAUUGCACGCAUGCAUGAUCAUCUUGUGUCUGAUUUGGAUGAUUGCAUGCUUGUGGACAUGCAUGGGCAUGAGUAUGCUCUUGAUGUGUGUCUAAUGGGUCAGGUACAUGAGCCUAGGUCAGUCCACGAGGCGCUGAACCGUCCCGAAUGGGUUGAGUCCAUGCAUGAGGAGCUUGAGUCUCACAAGGUAAAUGGAUCAUUUGAGCUGGUUGAUCCAGCAGUGGUACCACCUGGUUUGGAGGUCCUCAGGUGUCAAUGGGUUUGGAAAUACAAACAUAACCCUGAUGGUACCAUUGAGAGGCCUAAGUCCAGAUUGGUGGUGAUGGGAAACAUGCAGAAAUUGGGAGUACACUAUGAAGAAGUGUACUCUCCAGUUGGGAAGCAUGCGACCUUGAGAGGUAUGCUUGGAAUUUCGGCUGCUUUGAAGCUUGACAUCCAUUAUAUGGACGUCAAGACAGCCUUCCUCCAUAGGGAUUUGGAAGAAGAGCUUUACAUGCGGCAGCCCCCUGGUUUUGAUGAUGGGUCUAACCGAGUGAGGGUGUCUGGCUGAGGCGUUUGUUUGGGGAGUUUGGCCAUGAUCAUGCUGGUGGUGUGCCUGUGUUUGUGGAUAAUCAGUCUGCCAUUGCCCUUGCACAGAAUGCAUGCUUGCAUGGCCGCACCAAACACAUGCAGGUCCGGUGGCAUUUCAUUCGGGAGAUGGUAGCUGCGGGUGAGGUGAUUUUGCAGUGGUGCCCCACCAACCGUCAGGCUGCUGAUAUUCUUACCAAGUCU